UUCAAGUGACAAGUUGUCAAAUUCCAGUCAUCAACUGAACUCAACGUGAAUCUGAAUAUAUUUUUUACUCCAGAUCCAGGUGGACUGCCUCAAGCUCUAUCGACAUGGUAUUUUAUUUUACAAGUAACGUUGUAUCUCCACCUGUUACCCUCUUUAUGGGUGCUGAUAAACAUGAAAACGAAGACCUAAUAAAAUGGGGAUGGAUAGAGGAUGUCUGGUUUCACGUCGACAAAGUGUCAUCAGCUCACGUAUAUCUUCGUUUAGCACCGGGUCAAACAAUCGACGACAUACCAAACUCUGUGUUAGAUGAUGCCUGCCAAUUAGUCAAAGCUAAUUCUAUAAUGGGGAAUAAAAUGAAUGAUAUUGAUAUUGUCUAUACAAUGUGGUCUAAUCUCAAGAAAACUGCUGGAAUGGAGGCUGGCCAAGUAGGAUUCCACAAAGAUAAAGAUGUUAGAAAAGUAAGAGUAGCAAAAAGAUGCAAUGAUAUUGUUAAUAGACUAAACAAAACCAAGAAAGAAGCAUUUCCAGACUUAAGAUUAGAGAGAGAAACCAGAGACAGGUUAGAAAGAGAAGACAAAAAGAAGCUUUUAAGAGAAAAGAAGGACAAAGAAAAAGAGGAGGAGAAGAAAAAGAAAGAAGAAGCGGAAUUAAGGAGUUAUUCUACUUUAAUGAAACCAGAAAAUAUGUCUACAAAUUAUGAUGGAAAUGACUCUGAUGACUUCAUGUAAUGAAAAUGUAUGUAAAUAUAGCAAACUUUAUACCGUAA